CUCUUUUUUUGGUCCUUUUUUUUAACCAUUUUUUUUUUUUUUAACAUUUAUCUUGGCAUAUACUAUAGGUUUAGAUUUUCUAACAAUAUAGUACUAGUAUAUUUUUAACUUUAUCCAACACAUGCAGUAAAUUUAUAACCAGAGGAGUAACUAAAGGUUCUCCUGAUCAUCACCCAUAUACUUUUUCUUUCUUGACUUACUUUCUUUUUCUAUUAGCAAAGAAAAAGACACCCUUUAUCUCUCUCACUCUAAUUCUCUCAUGUUCUUUUUCUUCUAUACUUUUAUAUUCUUCAAGUAGAUCUCUUUCUCCAAUCCAUCCUCUAUGAACUUUUCUCCUCCCCUAUCUAGCCCCCCCUCCUCCCUCCUUCAAUUGCACUUUUUUUUCCUUUUAAAGUACACAUACAUAUACACAUCUUUACCUAGCUAUAUAUACAAAUCAACUCCUUUAAUUAGCCCUUGCAAGUUUUUCUCUACAUCCAACAUAUACAUUGAUCACUUGCCUCUAUAGCUCACCCCAAACAAGGCAUCAAGAAAAUAUGGCUGAAGUUCAAGAAAGUCGCAUCUCACAAGGCAUCAAGUUGUUUGGUGCAACAAUACAAGUCCAAGAAAUUAAGCAAGCCAAAGUUCAUCAACCAACAAACAAAGUUGAUCAAGAUCAUGAUAAUAAUAAUAAUAAUGAUCAAGAAAAAAGGCCAGACAAGAUCAUCCCUUGCCCUAGAUGCAAAAGCAUGGAAACCAAGUUUUGUUACUUCAACAACUACAAUGUUAACCAACCAAGACACUUCUGCAAAGGCUGUCAGAGAUACUGGACGGCCGGUGGGGCCCUACGGAACGUGCCCGUAGGAGCCGGCCGUCGCAAGGCCAAGCCACCAUGCGGUCCCGGCCCGCACGGCGACAUGAACGGGCUUUCAGAUGGUUACUUUUUUGAUGUUACUAAUCAUCAUGGCAAUAAUAAUAAUAUUCAUCAACUUGAGUUUGACGGUGUGGUGGCUGAGGAAGAUCAAUGGCAUCUUUUUCAGGCAGCAAAGAGGAGGAGGAGCACCUCCCAUACCCAAUCUUGUUGAUUCCCGUAUUUGUCUUCUAGUGCUUAUGUAAAAUUAUUCUAUGUACGUGGAAUUAGUAAAUGAAAAAAAAAAAAAAAAAUUGGAAUGAGAAAAAAUGUUUAAACCAAAAAAAAAAAAAAAAAAAAAAAAAAAAAAAUUGAAAGAAAAAAAAUGUUUAAACCAAAAAAAAAAAAAAAAAAAAAAAACAUUUGCAGGCUGACUUUGCUUCCUUGAUUGUAUAUACAAGCUGUCUUUAAUUAAUUAAACAAAGUUGUCUUAAUUAACUUAA